AUGUUGAGGUCGCCAUCCCAGAACAGCGUGUGCAUGAUUGAAUCCGGAAAUUUUCGUAGGAGACACAAGUACAACACGAGAUUAGCAGCUUCCUGUUGGAGAGAAUCCUCAAACGACAGCACCGUCUUCGAAUCAUCGUUCAUUGUCCCUGAAGCUCUUAAUAUGGCUUCCAUUAGGAGAGGAAUGUAUUCCAAUGGAACGCAUUUGAAUCCCUGCUCGGAUCCAGAUUUCUCAGGGAGCAGCAAGUUCAUGAAAUUCGGAUUCGUUUUCCUCACGAUAUGUUUGAUUGGUCUUUCGAUCACCGUCUUGAAAGACAAGUACCAAUUCUUUGGGAACCAGCAAGAAGAUAACUUUCUGAAGAGCGAAUUGGAUAGCAUCAAAACGCAAAUCUGCCAGAUGAAAGAUAACAUGCAGUUCAUCGUCAAAGCUAAGCAGGAUACCAGCAAAUUGGUGCAGGACGUGAACAAGAUGUUUGCGGAGCUGAAGAAAUCCGCGGAUGAAGAAGGCAAAUCGGAUGGUGUCGAGGGGAACUGUUCGGAGGAGGAUGAUGACGUAAAGAAGGCAGUGAAGACUGCCAUGGAAGUGUACGGCGCGGAUAAGAUUGGAAAACCAGAUUACGCUCUGGGAACUGCCGGCGCUAGUAUUGUUUCCACGAGGAACACUAUCGAGUAUACAGCGGGGAAUAUUAUUUCGUUCUUCGGAUACACGCUGUGCGCUUCUAAUAAGGGACCCCAAAUUAUUCUGAACCCUUCAGUGUCUCCUGGUGAGUGUUGGGCCUUCAAGGGAAGCUCCGGAGCUGUGGCCAUAAAACUGCUGACUCCUAUUCACAUAAACGGAAUCAGCUUGGAGCAUAUUCCGAAAUCUGUUGCUCCUUCACACGACGUUUCCUCAGCUCCAAACGAGUUUAGUGCUUGGGGUUUACUGUAUCCUGAAGAUCACGCAGGUGUGUUUUUAGGUAGAUUUAAUUACAAAACGGACUCGAGUCCUUUGCAAUAUUUCCCUAUAAACAAGUCGAGUAAGGCUUUCCAUUACGUCGAAAUCAAGUUCCAUUCUAACCAUGGAAAUCCAGAUUAUACUUGCGUUUACAGAGUGCGCGUGCAUGGAAAUCACAAAGGCAUGCAAGACGAUGAUGAAGAUUAA